AUUAAACCGAUAUAUGAGUCGACUUUUGCGAAGCUAAAGGCCGCUGACAUCGACCAGGAGGUGAAGGAGAGGGCCAUCACUUGCAUGGGACAGAUAGUGUACACAUUCGGUGAUCACAUGCAAUCGGAACUGCAGGUCAGCCUUCCCUUACUGUUGGAUCGGCUGAGGAAUGAGAUCACGCGACUCACCUGUGUUAAGGCCAUCACCAAAAUCGCAAGUUCGCAAUUCAAACUCAAUUUGAAUCCAUUACUACCCGAAGCGUUUCCAGUGUUGGCCUCAUUUCUGCGUAAGAAUCAAAGGGCACUCAAACUGAGUUCACUGCAACUCAUCGACACUUUGGUCAAAAACUACCGAGAUUAUUUAAGUUCCGAAACGAUUGGCAUUAUUCUGAACGAAGUGCCGCCUCUUAUCAAUGAAUCUGAUCUACACAUCUCUCAGUUGACGCUAAAUAUGUUGACUUCACUGAUUCGCUCGCAUUUGGCGUUUCUGGCGAUAAUACCGCAAACAAUACUACCGGAGGCCCUGGUGUUGGUG